UAAUAUGCAAUUUUUGAAACCAUUCCUGACUUGAUGGGGGAUGCAUGGCUCCAAGAACAUUGACCAGUGUUCCUUAGAGCCAGAUCUGAACUGCUCUGCCUGCAGGCUGGAAAUGGAGAACUGCAUCUGCAGAGUCAGCUGGUGGAAAAAGUAAACUUCGUCUGACCUGCUCUCCUGGAUGCAAUGCAUGCACUGUGUGCACUACCACUGUUUCUGGAAGGAGGGCACCCAUGCUGUUCCAUUUUAAGCUGUAAACACCAAUUCCUCUGAGAUGUCCAACACUUGGUGCAAAAUAUGAAUUGUUUAUAAAGAAUUAUGGGAAAUGACAACAAAAGAAUCAAAGUUCAAUUUUUCACAGAUGAAACUACAGAAUGCAUGGAGUACUGUAAUCCUGUCAGACAAUUGAAGAUGGCCUACCACCGACAAAGCCCUGCAACAUUUAGUGUGAAGCUUUGACUUAUCCGCUCCUUCUGACAUGGAACUCUGUGAUCCAGGAAGAAGACCAAGAUCAGGAUGCUGUAGGUGGACAGAAGGCUAUUAAUCAUACGUUUCUUUCUUCUUCGCAAAUUACUGCUUUGUCAGAACAAAAUGUAGAAGGACUUCAAAAAAAGCUGGCAGAGUUUCUGAAUUUUAAACAAUUAAAGACAUCUUUGAAGGAAGCUAUUCUGCUAGAUUAUUAUACUGCAGGAUUUUGUUGGGCAAAAGAAAUGAAUUUCAGUCUCAUGCAGAUGUCACAAUACAUGGAUCUCUUAAACUUCCUGUUAGAGAACCUCAGUGACAAACAUAUGGCCUUAGAAGAUAACAUAAAGGAACUUGGAAGAGCAAUGGCUGGAAUAGGAGAAACUGAUUCAGAUAGAAGUGGUAACUUGGAUAUCUUCAGCAUUGACCAAGCCAAAGCAAUCAUUGAUUACAUAAAUAUCAGCUUAUUUCGACUCUAUAAAUUGUAUGAAUAUAUCUUCCACAGUCCUAGAGAGGAACAUGUGAUAAGUAAUGAGUAUAUAGUUGAACUUGCCCCACCUGCAGUUACCCCCUUCCCUGCUCCAUCUGAGGAAGGUACAUCUGAUAUCUAUGCAUCACUCUCACCAUCACCAAUAGCUGCAGAUAUAGAACCUAAGGGGUCUGAUCAAGAAGGUCUUCUGGGAGAGCCCAGCCCAGAGGCAGAGUGCUUUGAGGCAGGUGCUGUGGCUGUUUUCACUGGUGAAGAUCAGAACCUCACAGUCCUUCCGAAUCCCAAAUGAAACUAUUGGCAACCUUGAGGCAGACUUAAAUGAAAAGCAGCAAAUGCAAGAAGCUUAAACUUUGAGGACAGAAAAAUUAAAAGAUCUUAACUAGCCAAAUGAGAAAGAUGAUGCUGUAUUUUUCAGAAACUGAGGUUUGGUAGGUGAUGCGCCAAACGUCAUUAUUUUGGUGUACAGGAAAAUGCUUCACUUAACUGUUAACUAGAAAUAGUUCAUUUCAGUUCCUCAAAUUUACUCUCUUCUGCCAGUGUUGUUGUUUAGCUUAGACUUAAGUGGGAGGCUGUAAACAGAAGGAUAUGUAAUUCAAGCAUGUUGAAGUUCAGUUUAUUUCUGAAGGGAAGUCUGGGAAGUCUCAAUUAAAAAAAAAAAAAAAAAGUUUCAUUCUCUUUCUUUCUUCCAGUUGUGAAAUAUUUAACAGUUUCUGCUUUUUCAGGAUACUUUGCUAGAAGGAGAAUACAGACAGAGAAAACAUCACUUGAGGUAUUGCAGAUGCAGUAAGGAGAGAAUUUAAUUGAUAUGUAAUUAAACACUUCCCACUAUAGUUAUUCAUCAGCAAUAUUUUUCAUUUUAUUUUAAAUCACUUGCUAAACUUUCAAACUAAUUUCUUUCUUUUUUUUU